UUGAUUUCUCUUUUGCAUUAAUUUUAAUAAGUACUGCGUGCUUUCAGAUUUUUUUCUGUAUACUGAAAUAUAUAUUUGCUUUACAGUUGAAGAUUUUUCAUUUUUGUUGUCAAAUAGCUUGACGUAGAAAUUUGACAUGUCAGAAUCGGAAGAAGAUAUUUCGCUUCUUUGCUUUCUUAAAAUCUGUUAUUUAGAUAACAAAGGAAAUGUUUCACGACAAAUUUCUAAUCCAAAAAGUUAUCUACAACUUGGAAGAAAUGAGUUCCGAGACAUAGUUUUGAAAAUUGAAUGUGGAAAAAUCCAUUGUAGUUUCAAAAUAAAAGAUAUGACUUUACAUACCAGAUUUGUCAAAGAGGGCAAAUCCACUAUAACUUUAAAACAACCUCCUUUGCAGAUGUUUAUUUCAAAUUGUCCCGUUGGGAAGUUAAGUAUGUUCUUGAAAGUUUUGAUGGCUAAAGUUCAAAAAGCAAAAAAUGCGACUCCUGUGAGUGUUAAGGAUAGAUUACAAACUUUGAAGCCUCCAAGUUUCCAGGAUAUAAGUCCUCUAACCGCUUUAGAUAUUAAUAUUUUAAAUAAUAAAGUGUCUGCUGCAAUGACAAAGAAAUCAGCAUUUCCUCAAACUCCCAAGUCAACAAAAAGAAAACGAGAGCAUGGCAUGCAAGAAAAUACUACUCCCACUCGGAAAAUUAUUGCUGUUUCUCGUCCUAUUGCACCUCGUCUAUUGACCACAGAGCAGAAGAAUGUAAUGAGUGCCGUCAUGAGUGGGAAAAAUGUGUUUUUUACUGGAAGUGCAGGAACAGGAAAAUCUUUUCUUUUAAAGCGAAUUCUUGGUGCUUUAGCUCCAGAAAAUACUUUUGCUACAGCCAGCACUGGAGUAGCUGCUUGUCAAAUUGGAGGUGUCACUCUACAUUCUUUUGCAGGAAUUGGAACUGGCAGUGCACCUAUCCAGCAAUGCAUUCAAUUGGCCCAGCAAAAGGGGAAAUCUACAUGGAAACAGUGUCAGCAUUUGAUUGUGGAUGAAAUUUCUAUGGUGGAUGGCGAAUUCUUUGAAAAAUUAGAAAAAGUUGCUCGAAUUGUUAGAAACAGUGAUAAGCCUUUUGGAGGAAUUCAACUUAUUCUUAGUGGAGACUUUUUGCAGUUGCCACCUGUGACAAAGAAGGGACAGAAUAGAACAUUCUGCUUUCAGAGUGCAGCAUGGAGGAAUUCUAUUGAUAUUAAUAUAGAACUCUGUAUGGUAAAAAGGCAAGAUGAUAAGAAUUUUAUAAAUAUUUUGCAAGAUGUGAGAAGAGGAAGGUGUACCAGGGAUGUUAUUGAGAAACUGAAAGCGACAAACAGCCAUAGAAUUGAUAAAGAUGGAAUAAUGGCUACAAAGCUCAGUACUCAUAAAGAUGAUGUUGAUAUUAUAAAUAACUCCCAUCUGGAAAAACUUCCUGGUCAUACACAAACCUAUUUUGCUACAGACAACUAUCCUGAAUUGUCACGAUUCAUUAGUAAUCACUCCCAUGUUCUGGAUAAGAUUGAUUUGAAAGUAGGUGCUCAAGUCAUGCUCACAAAGAAUCUAGACCUGCAAAGAGGUUUGGUGAAUGGUGCAAGAGGUGUUGUUACUGGCUUUGAUGCUGGACAACAAAAGCUACCGAUUGUAAAGUUUGUGUGUGGUAUUCAGCAAGUUGUAAAUUAUGAAAAGUGGACAGUUAAAACUCCUGGUGGAUUGGUUCUUGUAAGGAAAAUGCUACCACUUCAGCUAGCAUGGGCAAUGUCAAUUCAUAAAUCUCAGGGAAUGACUUUGGAUUGUGUGGAAGUGUCAUUAGGUCGAGUAUUUGAAUGUGGCCAAGCAUAUGUUGCUCUUUCCCGAGCUCGUAAUCUACAAGGCCUGAAAGUUCUUGACAUUGAACCCUCCAGUAUUCGAGCAGAUCCUCGAGUGUUAAAAUUUUACUCUGAAUUAGAUUGUAUGAAUACAUAUCAAACAGAAAUGGAUGAUUACUUAGGUUAACACUAAAAAUUAUUAGGUGGUUUAAAAUAAUUUUAUUAUGUCUGAUAUAUCAACUUCACAGUGACAAUUUUUGGUGUUUUCAUUGGCAUCAAAUCUUUGAUUUAUAUAUUUUUUUUCUUUUGUGUAUUGUU